GAUUGGCUGUUUGUAACCGCACAGCCUGCUGGGAGCAUAGACUGGUAAUGCUGGGAGAGCGCGAUGUUCAAAUUCGUUUCCGGUUUUGUUCUGCUUCGGCCGACACACCAGCCAUGGAACGGCAUCAUAACAGUAUUUCAAGGACUCCCCUCAGCGGUGUCCAGGUCCAGAGGAGGAGUAAGAGCUACAGACAGUCCGUCCGCAGCUGCAUAGGUGCUGCUCCAGCACUGACGACACGGAGGCUCAACACCAGCAGACGGGCCCCAAAGUCCCACAACAUCACCGAGAAAGUCAGUCCACAGCAGCUGGCCUUGCUGGUGAAAACAGAGUGGCAGCUGUCAUACGUCACCCCUCUGUAUCAGUUCAGACACACACAGCUGAGGAGCUACUCCCAGCAGCUCUCGGCGUUCAUCGCUGCAGAGAAGCAGCAGGGUCUGGCAGUGGAGGUGGAGGGAUCCAAUGGGAGCUUCAGGGUCUCUUUCUCUGUGGUGCAGGGGAUGGCUGAGUCAGAUAGUGAUGCUGAGACUGUCCUCAUACAGAUCCUCUCGAAGCCUCUGUUCGCGAGGCCAGACGAGCCUCAGAGAGCCGUGUGGAGCGGCUGGCUCACUUGCAUCAACGGCAGCCCCGAGUACCUGUGCUCCCUCCCGAAGGACUUCACCUGUCUGCCUCUGUUCUGCAGCAGCGGGGCGGUGGGUCUCACCUCCCUGGUCAAGUCCUGGUUCCAGCAGAUGUUCGACUGCUGCUUCGGUCCGCUGGAGAUCAGCAGCACCAGCCUGCAGUGGCUGGUGGCUCUAUGGACAAACUGCCACACAGAAUCCCCCAUCCAGCACCUGAAGAUGAUUUGGACUCUUCCUGUGAAGCCGCCGCUGAAGGUGACGUACACGGUGAACGGGGCGGACGCCUGGGAGCUGUGGGGCAGUGUGAGGAAGGAUCAGCAUGAGGAAGAGGAGGAGGAGGAGAGCAGCAUCGACAUAGAGGAGGUGAUGAGGUUCAUGAAGGGGUUGAAGACCCAUUUCUACAGACACUUCAAGCUGGAUCUGUCCGCAGGGAAGCUGGACCAGGUCUCCACAGCGCUGGGAUCUGCUAGAUGUGGCGGCAGGUUUAAGAUCACAAACAGCAAGUACAUGAUCACCACCCUGACGCUCCUGACCGAGUGUGCUCUCCUCAAAAUGCCCAUCUGAAGGACGGAGGAGCGCUUUACGCCAACAUGAAAGAACUUUUAGUGACCCUUUUUCAAAACCAACACGAGAUCGACGUCACACUGUUUUGUAUUUACAGGAUAACUCACAACUUGAGUUCUAAUAAUGAGCAUGAAUUCUCCCCUCUUUUGUAAAUACUCUGCUGUACAUACUCUUGUCCAGUUGUUCUGUUUUUGUCAUUUAUAGUUGUAAAUAAAAUCAGAAAAGGA